AUGUGUGCAGCACUCAUCCCGACUGUGCAAAGACGAAAAGUUGCCAUGACAAUUGGAAACAAUAACUAUGAUGCAGGUGCACUGGAAAAUUGUGUUUUUGAUGCAACUGAUUUAAGCGAUAAACUCAAAGAAAUUGGAUUUAGCGUGACACUCAAAAUAAAUCUCAGGUCCGAACAGAUGCGCAGAGAAAUUGAGAAAUUUGUGGAAACUAUUAGACGAGGGGAUUUGGUCUUCUUUUUCUUUGCUGGCCAUGGUACACAGUGGGAAGAUCAGAAUUAUUUGCUUCCUUGUGAUCAUAAUCUAGACAAGGGUUCAGUCGAAUUGAGAAAUCAAUCUACAAAUGCGCAGGAUGUUCUUGCACUACUAUCGAAUAAAAAUCCGUUCGUCAUUGUGUUUCUUCUCGAUUGCUGUCGAGAUUAUUGGACACCAAGUCAGGCCAGGGGUCGAUCCCUAGCUGGCUCAUCACACAGAAUGCCUGGCUCAUCACACAGAACGGCUGGCUCAUCACAAGGAAUGACUCGGAUGGCUGCACCACCCAACUCACUGAUUGGUUUUGCUUGUGCUCCUGGCGAGGUAGCUGACGAUGAGUCCUUAAAUAGACGAAAUGGACGUUUUACAAGCCAUAUCUUACAGCACAUUACUAGACCAGGCGAAGAAGUUAUUAUGCUAUUAGUAGACGUAGCACAUGGAGUCGUGGCCGAGACACACGGAACGCAAAGACCCUUUACAACAAGCAGUUUCUACCAACGUGGCAUAUGGCUGGUACCCCCCAAAACGCUGAACCCAACUCCAGUACAACCUAACAACGAAGGCGGUGUCACCGGUGUUGUAUCUCAUGUGUUUCAAAAAGCACGCCACCUACCAUUACCGGAUUUAAGACAUACAAGACCAACAUAG